AAUCACAUCCGUCGAUCCUUCACCACCGCUCAUUAUAAAUAGUCCUCGGCGGCCCUUCAAUCCGAAACUUUUCCGUGCUUUUAGAGAGAUAAAGCAGACAGAAGAGGAGCGAGAAGAAGGAGAAGAGGAAGAAGAGCGAGAAGAAGAAGAGAGAUUUUGUUAUUGGUUGUAAAGAUUGUGUUCUUUCAGCGCAGAUGGCUCGUACAAAGCAAACUGCACGCAAGUCCACUGGAGGAAAGGCUCCCAGGAAGCAGCUCGCUACCAAGGCUGCCCGUAAGUCUGCCCCCACCACUGGUGGUGUGAAGAAACCCCAUCGUUACAGACCCGGAACUGUUGCUCUUCGUGAAAUCCGUAAGUACCAGAAGAGCACUGAACUUCUGAUCAGGAAGCUGCCAUUCCAGAGGCUUGUUCGUGAAAUUGCGCAGGAUUUUAAGGUAUCUAGUAAUAAUGCACUGACCUGCGUUUCCAGAGCCACGCAGUGCUUGCUCUGCAGGAGGCAGCUGAGGCAUACCUUGUGGGGCUGUUUGAGGACACCAAUCUGUGUGCCAUCCAUGCCAAGCGUGUCACCAUUAUGCCCAAGGAUAUCCAGUUGGCCAGGAGGAUCAGGGGUGAGCGUGCUUAAGGACCAAUUAGAAUGUGUUGUGGUUGAUAUCUUCUGGAAUGGGAAGAUGGUCAAUGGAAUGGUGUAAUUUUGGGGGGUUGGUUUUUGGAUGUAGUAAUUCACUGUUGUUUUCUCUGCCAUUAACUGGUUUAAGGGUAGAUAAAAAUAGUUCAUCUUGGGGAACUUAGGCCUUGUUGAAUUGAACAUUGCUAGCUAUGUGAUAUGGUUGUAAUGGUGUAGUCUUGUGAUGUUUCAUUCCUGAUUCUGGACCUGAACCUUUGAUAAUAUAUAGUUUCUUGAACAUUGUGGAUUCGGAUUCUUGCCUUACGUUGUACUUUCUUGGGUCAAUUUUGGGUGGGGACUGUCAAUUAGGGCUUACAUAGUAGGUCUCUGCAAACAGACUGAA